ACGUGUUAAUAACACCAGUGCUGCUACUUUUGUCUUUAGUGUAGGUUUUUUUUUUUUCCUGUGAUCUUUAAUGGGUGUUUUAAGUUUUGAAGUGAAAGGGGUGGGGUGGUCUUAAAUUAAAGAAAAGAAAGGGAAAAAGAAAGGCAGCAAGAGGGGGAGCGUAGGAUAGAAAAACAAAAGAAGAGUUCUUUCUGACACAGAUCCCUAUGGAAUGCAGGGAGGAUCCCAGCAUAUGUUGCUUGCUGGAACUCGUUCUUUUUGUUUAGUUUAAAGGAAAUUGCAUUGUUCUCUUUAGAAAUCUCCUCAGAGAGAAAAAGAAAGCUUAUAGAUUCAGUUGUUGGAGUUGGAUUUUGUUUUAGAUGAGUGGUUGAAUUUGAUCCAAUCCAUUGCCGCAGCUAGUAAACAAAAGAAAAGGAGAAGGGAACGAAAAAGGACUUCAAAAAAAUGGAGUGAAGCGUACAGGGAGAAAUAUAUAUGUUGGAGUAUGAUUUGUUUAUUUUUCCCCAAUGAUUGAGUUGCCUGGCCUCUAAGAGAAACAGAAACAUACAAGGAAUCUCUUCUAAGAUACAGGGUAUCAGCGACACACAGAAAAGAAAUGAAGUCCAUGAACAAUGACGAUGAUAACAACAACAAUGGUAGCUGGUUAGGUUUCUCCCUCUCUCCUCAUCAUAUGAAAAUGGAUGUUCCUUCAGGUCCUAGUAAUCACCAUCACCAAGCACAAGCAGAGUCUUGCUCAGCUUCUGUUCCUACUGCAAUCCCAACAAGCCUUUUCUACUCCCAAUCACAUUCACACCUCAAUUAUGGCAGUUACUGUGGUGUUGAAGGUGAAAAUUGUGGGUUGUACUCUCCCUUGCCAGUGAUGCCACUAAAGUCUGAUGGGUCUCUUUGUAUGAUGGAAGCUCUCACCAGGUCACAGCCUCAAGCAACAAUGGUGACAACUUCAACUCCAAAACUGGAGGACUUCUUUGGUGGUGCAACCAUGGGGAGCCAUCACUAUGGAACCAAUCAUAGAGAAGCUAUGGCUCUUAGCUUGGACAGUAUGUAUUAUCACCCUGAUCCUGACCAUCAUCCCAACAACCAAACUUGCCUAAACCAUCUUCAGCAAAACCCCAGGCACCAACAACACUACCCAUAUUUCAAUACUAACUUUAGGAGCUAUGAAAUGUUAGUAGGAGAUGAGCCCAAAGAGACUCAACAAGUUUCAGAUUGCAGUCCUCAGCUUCCAACAAUUGGAGAUGAUGGGAUAAAUGGCAUGAGAAAUUGGGAUUCAAGGAACUACCCAACUAACCAUGCAAUGGACCAGCAGAAGAUGGUAAGUUGCAUGGGUGAUAAUGGAGGUGAAUCUGGAGUAAUUAAUUCAAUAGCAUAUGGGGAUUUUCAGUCUUUGAGCUUGUCCAUGAGUCCUGGCUCCCAAUCAAGCUGUGUUACUGGUUCUCAACAAAUCUCAUCUGCUGUGACUGACUGCGCAGCCAUGGAAACCAAGAAAAGAGGGCCUGAUAAGGUGGAUCAGAAGCAGGUUGUUCAUAGGAAGUCCAUUGAUACAUUUGGCCAAAGAACUUCACAAUAUAGAGGUGUUACAAGGCACAGAUGGACUGGAAGAUAUGAAGCCCAUUUGUGGGACAAUAGUUGCAAGAAAGAAGGACAAAGCAGAAAGGGAAGGCAAGUUUAUCUGGGGGGCUAUGAUAUGGAAGAAAAAGCUGCAAGAGCUUAUGAUCUAGCUGCACUCAAGUAUUGGGGUCCCUCUACCCAUAUCAAUUUCCCUUUGGAAAAUUAUCAAAAGGAAAUUGAAGAAAUGAAUAACAUGACUAGACAAGAGUAUGUUGCGCAUUUGAGAAGGAAAAGCAGUGGAUUCUCUAGGGGGGCUUCUAUGUACAGAGGAGUAACAAGACAUCAUCAACAUGGAAGAUGGCAAGCUCGGAUUGGAAGGGUUGCUGGAAAUAAAGACCUUUAUCUAGGAACAUUCAGCACCCAGGAGGAAGCAGCUGAAGCUUAUGACAUAGCGGCUAUAAAAUUCCGUGGGGUUAAUGCUGUGACGAAUUUUGGCAUAACUAGAUAUGAUGUAGAACGAAUCAUGGCGAGCAAUACACUUCUUGCUGGAGAGCUAGCAAGGCGAAACAAAGACAUAGGAUCUAGUAAUGAGGCUACAAAUCACAACCAUGCAACUCAAAACAGCGUUGGGGAAGCCAUUCCGUCCCUGAAGAACAAUGAAAGUGACUAUAAAAUGGUUCUCUAUCAAUCCUCCCAGCAGCCAACCAAUGUUAUCGGUAAUUACAAAACUCAGGCCUUCUCAUUGGCCCCUGAGAAUGUGAUCGGAAUUGAUGCCAUGAGCCCAGUUCAUCACAAAGAUGUAGAGGACUCAACCAAGAUGGGAACUCACUUGUCAAAUGCUUCUUCACGGGUGACAAGUUUAGGUAGCUCGAGAGAAGGGAGCCCUGAGAGAGCUAGCCUUCCAAUGGUCUUUGCAAUGCCUCCCUCCGGGACUUCCAAUAUGUUCACAAAUCCAACAAACAAUGUGAAUUCUUGGAUACCAACGGCCCAACUGAGGCCUGUAGUCUCGUUGCCUCACAUGCCUGUUUUUGCUGCUUGGACAGAUGGCAUAGGCUAGUUUAUUUUAGUAAGUUGAAACGGUUUUGCAUGGUGAAGAAAAUUAAAGCAUAAGAGAUAGAAUAGUAAGAUUGGUCUUCUUUUUUUUUAAAUCUGUGUUUUGCUCGAGUUAGUGGAGAAAAUUGGUGACAAAAAGAGGGGUUAAUGGAGUUGUAGGUAGCACUUUUCAUGAACAAGAACCUGAAGUUUUGUAAACACUAUCCUUUUUAGCGUUCUCUUGUGUGAAGAUCUUCAAAGUAAUGGCGGGGGGAAGCCCUGGAGACGAAUAUGAAUGAAGCUCUAGAGUGAUUUUGGCA